AUGGUGACUCCAGCAGCAGUGUCGGCAGCUCUGUCGGGUGGGCUGCCGCUCGGGAUGGUCGGGGUCAUGCCCACCAGUGUCGGCGGUAGCUGCGCCGCCGCCCCCGUCAUGUCCAGCACCGGCGUGGCCGGGGCGCCUCAGGUUCAGGAACCCAAUUGGCGGCAGGCGGGGGACGAGAUGCGCCGGCUGCGGUCGCGUCACGUGAUCCUGAUCGAGAGCAUGCUGCGCAACCACCAGCCCCACGACGUGCUCACUCAGGUACCCGAGAACUACGACUGGCACUCCAAGACCUUCCAGCUCGCCAUCAAGAUCGAGCGCCUCAUGUUCACCACCGCCUCGUCACGCGAGAACUACCUGAACGAGAGCACGCUGCGCGCGCGCGUGCAGCUCCUGUCGCGCCACUUGGUGCGGCUCCGGAAGCGCAAGAACGCCAUGGCCGCGGCGCACGAGACCCGCCUGUAGAGCGUAGCUUAAGCGGGCAGCGUAUACAGCAUUAGAGACGCGACCUCCACGCCUGACUGCUGGCUGUCUGCCUCCAGUUGACUUGACAGAUCCACGGAGACAAGGGCGUUCGCGGCGAGCUCAGAUGAGGACGCGAUUGAGAAGGCAGCUUAGACCUGCACGUAGUAUUUAAGUAAGGUAGUAGUAUAAGAUGCGUUGCCAACAC